UUUACCUCAUAGUAUUUUGUGUCCGCCAUUGUACGAUACCUGUAUGGGAGGUAACUGACACAAAGUACUUCCGGUUGAAAGGUUAUCAAGAAUGAUGCUACUUCGAACUGUUCGUCGGGCGACUUUUUUCAGAAGAGAAGUUGGUGCUCAACUGUGUGAAUUCCACCAGAGCGUAUUGUACAGAAUGCCAGCUCAUGAUGAAGCAUUUGAAGCGGCCAAAAAUAGGCUUAACACGCUGAAAGAAGAACCAGGAAACGAUGUUAAGCUGCAGAUUUACGCAUUGUUCAAGCAGGCAUCUAAAGGAAAGUGUGAUGCUCCAAAGCCCGGGGCAUUUGAUUUUGUCGGUAAGGCUAAGUGGGAAGCUUGGAAUGCACUUGCCAGUAUGUCACAGGAUGAUGCCCAGCAAAAAUAUAUUCAGCUCAUCAAUAAACUGACUGCAGCAGAAGAUGUGACUCCAAAUCCACAGGGAGCUAAUGCAGACAAAUAUCCAGGUCUUCAAAUCACAAAAGAUAAUAAAGCUCUCCGUAUCUUACUGAACAGGCCAGAUAAAAAAAAUGCUCUGACCUGGCAGAUGUAUGACAAUAUAGCUGAGACUCUGAAAGAAGCUGCAGACGAUAAGAAUAUUGCAGUAGCUGUUAUUACAGGUGCGGGUGACUACUAUUGUAGCGGUAAUGACCUUGCAAAUUUUACAAAUGUGACACCUGAGCAGGUUCCAGAAAUGGCUCGAAAAGGAAAAGUUGUUCUUCAGAAUUAUGUAAAGUCCUUCAUUGACUUUCCUAAACCGCUUAUAGCCUUGGUAAAUGGACCUGCAGUUGGUAUAUCUGUUACUGUGUUAGGAUUAUUUGAUGCAGUGUACUGCACAGACAGGGCAACAUUCCACACACCCUUUUCUCAGCUAGGCCAGUCUCCAGAGGGCUGCUCAUCAUACAUUUUCCCCAAAAUAAUGGGACAGGCAAAGGCAGGAGAGCUGCUAUUUUUCAACAAGAAGAUCACCGCGCAAGAGGCUGAGGAGCGGAACCUAGUAACGAGGGUGUUUCCGGAAAAUGUUUUCAAGAAAGAGACAGACGCUUUGGUGGCCUACUACAGCACUCUGCCUCCAAAGAGUCUGGAGUUCUCCAAGAUACUGACGCGCUUCGCGGAGCGUGAGGUGCUGCACCGUGUUAACGAGGCGGAGUGUGAUCGGCUUGUUGAGCGCUGGCAGUCUGAAGACUGCAUUAACGCCAUCAUGUCCUUCUUCUCCAGAAAAUCCAACCUCUGAUCAAAUUUUCCUACCAUACUUCAUUCUCUUUUUUUAAAAAUAAUUACCCUUUCAUGCUGCAAGCGAAAAGGGAGUAAUUUUUUUUUUUGGGGGGGAGGGUUUACAAAAUGAUGACUUUGGCAAGUGAUUGACAUGGUAUGUUAAGUCAAGAGCAGCAUAACUUACAUUGUUACCACUGUGAUAAAUUAGACUUUCGCUGGCGUUUUCUUCGGUGUUUUGAUUCUGCGGUGCAGAUUCUUAUCAGGGAUCUCGUAUCAUUACAAAUUAUGAAAGCUUUUCAUUAAAUUUAUUUUAAGUUUUUGUUUGUUUUGUUUUCACCGUAAAAAUUAUUUAGUAAAACUUUGUAAGGGCGAGGUGAUAUUUGUAGAUUAAAAAGGAAAGAUGUU